GUUUCUCGACAGUUGACAUUCCCGCGCUUCUGGAUCAGCUGCUCCAAACAGGCUUUUAAGCUGAAUUUUGAAUAUAUCUGAUUUCCCCAAACUAUUAAUCACUAAUUAGAGGUAAUGACUGGCAGAAAGAUGCUGCGCUUCAACUUAAUGGUGGCCGUUGGCGAAAACUUUGGCAUCGGCCUCAAAGGUGACCUGCCCUGGCAUAUAAAGUCCGAGCUAAAGUACUUUAGCCGCACCACCAAGCGAACCAACGACCCUGGCAAGCGCAAUGCCGUUAUCAUGGGUAAGAAAACGUACUUCGGGGUGCCAGAAAGCAAGCGCCCACUCCCGGAACGCCUCAACAUAGUGCUGAGCACCACCAUGAAACCGGCGGAUCUGCCCGCCGACGUGGUGCUGUGCCCCAGUCUGGAGGCGGCGAUGCAUUACCUAGAGACCGAGGCAAAGGAUAUUGAGAACGUUUGGAUUGUCGGCGGCAGCGGGGUUUAUGCCGAAGCCAUGGCCUCCACGCGCUGCCACAAGUUGUACAUAACCAAGGUCCAGGGGAAGUUCGAGUGCGACACCUUCUUUCCCGCGAUACCAGAUGGCUUCCACGAGGUGCCUCUCGAUGCCGGCACCCCGGAGGGGUUGCAGGAGGAGAACGGUAUUAAGUUCGAGUACAAGGUAUUGGAGAAACAGGCUGCUCAAUAAAAUUCUAAACACUUUUAUUUGCCCCGCA